ACAACAACAAUAAAAACAACAAUUAGCUUAAUAAUAAUCAAUUAAUCAAAAUGUACCAAAAUUAUCAAUCAACUAAUCGUAUAAUCAAAUUGUCAUCAGAUUAUAUGAACAAUCAAUAAGAUUAGUAGAUAUUCAACUUUCUAAAUCUAAAUUGUGACAACAAUUGAAUAGAUUAGUUACUAAAUUAAGGAAAGACAAGGUUAAUUUCCCGCCUUCGUCAAUCCCACCACCCACUUUGCAUCUUAAUUGUUACAAUUAACAUCACCUUCAUCGAAUCUCCACCUUCUCUCUCUCUCUCUCUCUCUUCCUCCUCCUUCGUCGAAUAUUUUUUCUCCCUCUCUCAGAAUUCAUAUGAUUCGGAAUAGGUAAGUUCGACGUGAUGUAUGUUCUAUUCUCCCCCUUUUCUUCUCUCUCUUUCUUUUUCAUCUCUUCCUCUGAGAAAACAUGAUUUUCAUCUGUGUAAACGAUUCGCCUCCACCUCGACACCACCACGAACAUCAUCACACUCACAGUUAUCUCUGGACUCGAACAAGUUCCCACCUCUUUCGAGCGGAGAAAAAAAGUUCUAAGUGUCCCCUCCCAUAUUCACUUAUUAUUAUCAUUAUGUUAUCAUCAUCAUCUUCAUCUUUAUCAUCUUCAUCUUUUUGUUAAUUAACCAAAUAUCAACGCCUAUGGUCAUUGGUAAAUCAAGAUUGAUUGUUAAUUGUGCUCUGUGAUAUAAACACAAUAAAAAAAAAAUGAUUGUUAUGACUAAUGGUGAUUAUCUGAACAAUUUAACUCAACCACCACCAUCACCAAUCCUUCAGUUGAUCAUAAACAAUUAAACCAACCACAAUUAUGAUUAAUAACAUCAAGUUAAACUUAAAAUAAUCAACCAAAUCCAAACCCUAAUCAUUAUAAUCCUAAUCCUCGAUUGAACAACAAAUUAUCAAAAGUUUUUUAAACAAUAAUUGAUACGAUUUUCUUAAUAUUAUUAUUAUUAUUGUGUCUUCGUAAUCAGUGAUCAGUGUGUUAAUUGUGUUAAUUGUUACAAUGAGAACACCUAGUUGGAAGAAAUGGUUAAUUCUAAUUGUUGGAUUGAUGGAGAAUUUAAUUUUCACCGGUUCGAUUCUGGGUUGGUCAGCAUUGAAUUACAUGCUAAAGGAAGAGGGUGUCUAUGAAUCUCUAUGUGAUUUACCUUUGAACUCCGAUAUUCAUAUUCCAAUGAUUCCGAGUAUCUUGCAAAACUAUUCAACAAUUGAAUAUCUUCCCUUUGAAACUCACAAUUUACAACAAUUAGCAACAAUUACCGAAUCAUUAACAACACCAACACCCAAUAUAUCAACAAUUUAUUACUCUGAUCAGGAGCUGACAAUUAACUCAUCACGCUCAUCACCAUCAUCACACUUAAUCAAAACCUGUGGGACUCAGGAUCGGGUAUUAAAUUUAGCUUUUACUGUUGGUACUUUUUUCAAUGGUUUCACUGCAUUUAUAUGGGGAUUUUUGCUUGAUAAAUGGGGCCUCAGAAACGUCCGAUUAUUAAUUAAUGCAUUUCUAACCCUUGGAAGUAUUUCCCUUUGUUUCACUACGAGAGCUCGUUCUUACCUGAUAUUUCCCUCCGUGAUUCUCUUAUGUCUCGGCGGUGUUCCCCUUCGAAUUGCCAAUAUGCAAAUUGCCAAUCUAUUCCCCAAACAGCGAUCAUCUGUAAUCACCUUCUACAGCGGGGCUUUCAGCGCUUCGGCGUUUACCUUUGUCAUACUUAAAUUCAUGUUCGACGCUGGACUUUCCUUUUAUUGGACAUGUUUCACUUUGGUACUAUGUAGUUUGUCCAUGUUACCGACAACCUUUUUCCUUUUACCAUCGACCGUUAUAAGCGAAGACGAUCUGACCAGUUCAAAAGUGGCUCUUACCUUCACCGGUAAUCGUAAAUAUUACGAGAAAAAUAUCGUCGGUCCAGUUACUUUGGAAAAGUUUCGAUACAUUAAAAGUCCACCAAUGGGCCGAAAGGCUUCACCUUCCCUCACAUCAUCAACCUCAUCCUUACCCACAUGUUCCCUGGAGCCGAUCACAGUUUCCUCAUCAACGACCAAAUUAACAUCGAUUGGCCUUCCGAUCCCUCAAAGGUCAACAUAUGAAGCGGAUAAUUUAGCUUAUGUUUCCCAUGAUGAGGACAGUCUUGGUAAUUUAUCUCACAUUUCAUCGACAUCUACCGUUACCACAGGAGCGGCCACACCAACUUCGUCCGUUGAAAGGUCACCUUCGUCUUUAGCUCCUUCAAUAAUGACGACGAACAAAAUUUCCCCACCAGUAAUACCAUUGAAAGUUUCACUUUUCUCAUUGGCUUUUCUACUUCACCAAUGGUGGUUUUCAUGGUUAAUCACCUACAUGAUCAUGUAUGUUGGAUCAAUGAAUCUAUGGUUAAACAGGGUUACUCAUGACGCUGUGGUCGCCGGUAAUUUUACCAAAAUUUAUGGCCUCAUUCAGAUAUUAUCUCUGGCAUUGGCUCCGUUAGCCGGAUUCUGGAUGGACUAUCAAGUUAACCAAGCUGAUUUAGUUUCAGAUCCAUUGGAAAGAAAAUUGAAACGAAUCGAUUCCGGCUUUUGGCCCAUGAUGUUUACAACUGCAACGCUAGCGGGAAUCUUGGCCUGCCGAUUCUUUGACACUCCGACCGCUAUUUAUUUGUCCAUUGUUUUUAUCACAUUUUUAAGGUCUUUCCUUGUCGCCGUUGCUUCAGCCUUCUUAAGGAUAAGAUUUCCGGGUGAUCAUUUCGCUAGAUUGUUGGGAAUCAUGUCCACUUGUGGAGCGGUAAUUUCAUUGUUACAAUUUCCUCUGUUCAUUUGGGAAGAGGGUUCACCUGAAUGUGCCUUAUGGGUAAAUUUAUUUAAUUGCGUCUGUACAGCUUUAGCUCUUUUAAAUCCUCUUCAUUUGGCCUCACGAAAAUUACAAAUACGAUUAUUGGAAAAGGAGGAGAAACAAUUAAUGAUUGAAUCUGCUAAAUAAAUUGUUAAUUAACUUAAUCAGUUAGAACUAAGAAUCAAUUAAAUUGAUAAUUUCGCCAUUUCAUUUAUUGUAAUAUUUUCUAACUUCAUGUAAAUUGGACUUCGUUAGUCAAUCUAAUUUGUUAAUCAUCUAAUCAUCUAAUCAUAUAUUAUUUUAAAACCUUAAUCCCAAUGAUUAACUAAUUGUUAACUAACUAAUUGUAGCCAAUCACUUAUUGUUAAUAUUUUAAUUAUUUUCUAAACUUGUAACCAAAUCUAAUUUGUCAAUAAAAAGAACAACCAA